AUGAAUCAACUGAAUUCUAUGAUUCCCUUUGAACUUGGGCUAUGCACAGAUCUUGAGUACUUGUAUCUAGACCAUAACUUUCUAACAGGCGAGUUGCCUUCCAGUAUGUCCAAUCUUUCCAAACUCGUUGAGUUAAAUUUAUCUUCCAAUAGCCUUUCAGGUGAGUUAGUACCACACCUCAUUGCCAACUGGACACAAUUAACUUCCUUGUCUAUAGAUAACAAUAAUCUCACCGGAAAGAUUCCCUCUGAAAUUAGUUUAUUGACACAACUUCACCAUCUUUACUUGAGUAAUAACCAACUUUCUGGUCGCAUUCCCUCAACCAUUGGGGAUCUGAAAAAGUUGUCUAAACUUGUCCUUCUGAAAAACCACCUCUCUGGUCUAAUUCCUUCAACAAUUGGAAAUUUGUCAGAGCUUAUUGUGCUAGAGCUUUCAGAUAACUAUAUCAGUGGAUCAAUACCACUAGAAGUUGGACAUUUAACAUCACUAUCUGGUGUUUUGAUAAAUUUCAACUUGUUUCAUGAACCUGAUACGUUAUCAAUCUUUUGCAAUGUCACAUCCCUUUUACACCUCUCUCUAGCACACAACAAAAUGAAUGGACUUAUUCCAAAAUGCUUGGGAAAUAACACAAGUCUAAUUAUUCUGCAUCUUGGUAAUAAUCAGUUUCAUGGUGGUAUUCCAGAAUCACUGUGCAAUGCAUGCGACCUUCAAAAUCUUUGCUUGUCAGAUAACUACAUGAGUGGGGUAAUUCCAAAGUGUGUGGGAAAUUUUAGCAAUCAACUCUCAGUCUUGCGUCUUGACCAAAAUAAUUUUGAUGGGCCUAUGCAUAGAGAGUUUUGUAGUAGUUCAAAUUCCUUGGCUUAUCUGAUAAUUCUUUGA